UCUCACCCGACGUGCGGUGGCUACUAGUCAGCCAGCUGCUGCAGGCACUUUGGCCUGGGCGGAGGAGUGGAGGCUGCUUCGACCAUCAGCUGGGUUCGCAGUCCUCCCAGCAGCAUGACGGCCAUCGCGAUUCAGGUUCAGAAGCUGCCGGCUCAGAAGAGGCCAACCAAGUCCUUCUUCGAAUCAUGCAUCCGAACCCUGAUCAUUUUGUGUGCUGCCAUUGCUGUGGUCCUGUCUUCCAUCUCCAUAUUUGAUGGUCGCUGGCUCCUGGUGAAGGAUCAGCUCUUCGGCCUGUGGCACGUCUGCACCUUCACCAUUAAUGGUGAGCUGAAUUGCUUCACGGACUUGCACCUUGCCCAGGUGGAUGGACGACCAGUGGGCAUGGGCAUGGUCCUGGCCCGAAGCAUGGGGGCGCUGGCCGUGGUGGUGGCUAUCUUUGGCCUGGAGCUCCUGAUGUUCUCCCAGGUGUGCGAAGAUGCCCACUCUCGGAGGAAAUGGGCUAUGGGUUCCACCUUCAUCCUAAUUUCUUUUGCCUUGUCUUCUGUGGGGUUCCUCAGUUUUGUGAUCAUCUUCAAGGACCAGGUCACCUUCACAGGUCUCACCUUGAUGUUCUGGUGUCAAUUCACAUCUAACUUCCUCUUCUUCCUAAAUGGAAUCAGUGGCCUUCACAUCAAUAGCAUCACAUACCAGUGAAAUGGACCAAAUCAUUUUUAGAAAAUGAGAGAUCUCAGUACUUCCAGAGAAUGAACUACUCAAUGCCUGACAGAAAUGGAGUCUGUAAAGCCACUGAUUUCUUUAAAGUCAUGUACCUUUUGUUUGUGGAGUUUUUGGAUUAUUUUAAAAAAACAAAACCCCUUGUUCUCAUUCAUCCAGAGGUCUUAAGAAAAAAGGAUUGGAGUCAAGGCUCAGAUGCCAGUAAUUGUGCUGAGAAGUCAAAUUGGCUGGGGCUGUGGGAACGGUUUAAGGAAGGGAUCUUCCAAUGGUCAAAUAAGAAGCUGAAAGUAUUCCAAAGUUUUGUUUCUAGGGUAGAAAGAUGCCCUUCGAAAGGUUGGCUAUGACCUGUGGGGUAUGCAGUCAAGGAAACCCCAGGUGACAGCUCAGUUGCAGAGUACAAAGGAGGGGGAGUCCACCUAGAUUCAAGAGGUAGGAAACCCAAGACAACAGAUUCCUUUAUCAUUUUUUUUUAAUUAAAGAAUUUUAAGGUCGUUUUCUCUGCCUAUCUUCAACAGCAUUUGAAGUGUGGCAUCCAUGCCAGAAAUUCACACUUAACUUUUCCUAUAUUAGCAUAGGGUCCACAGAGCUACUACAAAUAACUUUAAGCCUAGAUUAUUCUUGAGGAACUCCUCCCUCCUGGCCCAGCCCUUCUAGGAUUCAUCUGUGACCUCAAAAAGCUUUCUCCAGGAGUAUCUCUUCCAGGUGGCUAUGUCCCAUUAAAAGAGAACACAUACAUCAGAGGAGUUUCUAAGAAUUACUGCUUAGUCUGGUUUGGUUGCAACUAUCCCUUACUUUCUCCUUCCCCCUGCUCUAUCUCCUCCCUUAACCUUUCCUAUCCCUUACCUCCCUUAUCUCCUUUCCUAUCCCCCUUCCUGUUUUUUCCCCAUGAUUCGGACCUAAAACCCAGUUUUGCCCUGAAAUGCCCAGAAAAAUGAAAGUAGAAGUAUUUACUUGGCUUAAGUUUUCAAUAUUAUUGCCCUCUCUCCCCACCCACCCCCAUUUUAAAGAUAAGAAUCCACUCUUUAAAAAGGUAAAUAUUUCCAGGAAAAUCACCAGUUCCAUUCAAACUGAUGCAAAUUUCCAAAGGUUAAACAACCAUUUCAUUGUUGAAAGGAGAAAGAGCUUGAGGGAAUUUCAUUCUUUAUGCAUUUCAGACUUCAUAUCAAAUUUAUUAAAUUUUUCAAUUGAAGAAUUUUUAAAUCUUUGUCCUUCAUCUUCCCCAGUAGUGGAAUGACCCCGGGGUGCUUUUAUGGAGUGUUACCUGCCUGACAGUCUUCUGAGGCAUGCGGCUGAUUUGGAGCUCCAAAUGUCUUUACAAUCCCAUGAACACAUUUGGAGCUCAAUUAAAAAACUUGUUGGUGUGAUCUGGUUUAAUUGGAUCCCUGAAUUGGGAGGGGGGUUGUCCUUCCAUCACUGCAUAGUUGGGCCUGUGAGGCCUCUGGCAAUGCAGAUGCCUCUCUCUGGGAGAGAGGAGUUCAGGUGAAGGGUUAUUGUUUUCUACCUGCUGGCCAGGUGAUUUUCCUUUUCUGGUCCAAGUUCACUGAGUUGGCUUUUACUGACUUCUAAGAUCAAGGACACAUUCAUGUGUGUGUCAGUGAGUUGCUGUGUUUAUGCUUGCUUGCUUGCUCAAGCAGGCACCAGUAACAGCUUAAAUAGGAGAGUGAAUUAAUUCAAUGUUUUCCAUUCCCAGAACACCACAGCUUUAAAAGCAAGAAGCUGUAAUUAGUACACAUACCUUGACCUGCUAGACUCUGCCAAUUGCUGGGUGUCAGACCUUGGGUAAUGAUUAAUGUCCAUCAUUAAGUUUGUGUGUGUGUGUUUCUGAGGAGGAGGGUUCCUUCUUAGAUAGGGAAAUAGAGAUGACCAUCUUUGCCAGCUGGACUUUAUCUGCAUUCCUUAGCUUUAUAUUGUCUCCCUUCCAGGUCCUCCCAGGGGCACUCUGGGGUGGAGGGUUUUCCUCAGUCCAUUAUUUCCAUUCCUAACUGUUGAUAUUCUUCUCAUUUCUGUAGCUCUGCCCAUCAGGUCUUCCCUCUCCUUCUGUCCAUCUGAUCUGUACUGGUUAAUCUCAGCCUCUUCCCCUCUGCUCAGACUUUCGUCAAACAUGUCUUUUUCUCCCCUUGAAAGCCCCUACCCACUGACUUGCCUUGACACAACUGACCAGUGUCCUACCUGCUGUGUUCUCUGCAUGUUCCAUUCUAGUCACCACCCUUUUUAGGGCCACUCUGUGCAUUUAUCUUUUGGAGGGGGUGGCCAGCUUUAUGCUUUACCUACCAAGACACUAAUUACUUGGUUUUAACACUUAUUUGGUAGAGCCAAGGGGAAAUGAGCAGUCUGAGAAAGGUGUCCAUGCUCUGGUCUAUUUAGUCACUUGUAAACAAAUAUAUUGCUGCAUUUUAAAGCAUAAUAUGCCCCUGAGCAUAAAAAAAAAUGGAAGUCUUUCUGGGUGAAGGCUCCAGGGACCAAGGGAUAGCAAACGUUUGUCAAUAACCUUAUAGCAUUAUGGGAGAGACAAGCUGAAAUUGCUGCAACCAGACAGUUAAAUACUAUUCUCCUAAUCCCAGACUCUUUCUAGUUUGGGAUCUUUGAGAAAGUGAGUAGAGGUUUACAAGGAUUAAGGAUCUAGGGGCAGUUUUUUCUGAAUGUCAACUAAUGAUUGGGGAUUGGUGACAUUGUGAAUGACAAAGACAGCAUUAGGGUAAAGAUACAGUAGGAAACCGGGAUGGGGAUCUAAAUUCUAUGGACAGUGCAGAUAGGUGUAAAAGUAAACACCAAAAUCCUGACAGAGGGAUGAUAACUGUGAGGACUGUGGGGGCAGGAUGAGAUGGAAUAGGAAAGGAAUCAUCAAACUGUCCCUGAGUUUCCAGCAGCUCUAUUGACAUUAAAUCAAAAGGCCCUUUCCCCAUGGUGAAAUCUGUGACUGACCCCAGGGAAACCUAAAAAAAAAACCCCAAUUGUUUAGGCUAACCUUGGUCUUACCCCUGCCACUGAGGCUGAGUGGCCAGGGAGCUCAUUGCUUUUCUGGAGGGAAACUUUAGGACCUUCAGGAGACUUUGAAGCUCACUCUUCUCUGGUCAUCGUGGGAAGCCCAGCUGCAUCAGCAAAGGGACUUUUACCCCUCGCUAUUUAGCCUCUCUCCAGCAAGAGAGACUAGACAUUGGACUCAGACAUUUGCUAUCGAUGUUCUAAUUGCAGAUCAUACUUAUUUGUACUCGGACAUUUUCUAUGUGUAUCUUAAGUGCAAAAGGCAAACGUGUGUACCUUUUCCAGUGUUAAACCUCAAUGGGUUUCUUUGUGUUGUGUUUGUUCUUUAAAUGAAGAGUCAACUUUCAAGAACUAAUGAUGUCCAAUAAAGUAAUU